AUGUCUUUGGUAGAACUUGGUACUUUCUUAGGUAUUCCUUCUAAAGGUGUUAGAAUUGUUCGUGGCUUUGCCCCCGACACUCCUGGAUGGGAAUAUUACAAUAAGAUGAAUUAUUUCUUUAUCAUUUUUAGAAUUUCACAACUAGAAUUUUAUGCCCGACAAGCUCGCUCCUCCUCUACCAAAUUGUUUGUCUUACAUCGGGAACCGUCAAAGAAAAUGGGAAAGACAAGCAUAGUUACUAUUAGAAAUUGCUUGAAGAAUAUGGAAAUAUUUAAGGAUGUUGAUGGAAUUUUCAAGCAUACAGAUGUGGAAAAUGUGUAUACUCUUCGUCUCGCUCCUGAAGAUGGAUAUACCAUGGAGUUUCUAUAUAAAAAAUUGCAUGAGAUGGACCUCCGUCACUCGUCCGAACUUAGUGUUAUUCGUGAUGACCUUAACUUUAUCAAACAUUAA